AUGACGGUGCUGCUGCCUGCGGUUGAGGUCGGGGAGGAUGGGCGGGGUGAGACGAAGCGUAAGUUCUUCGAGGACACGCGAACGGCGGGGUUGGGCGACAGGAGCCUGGCGAGGCGCGCGCUCGGCGUGGUUCUCGCUCACGCGCGCGCGGACGUCGCCGCGCGCUUGGCAUCAGUCAACCGAGCGCUCCGGGCGGAUGCGAGGAGGGCGCCGCAGCUCGCUUUCGGACCCGAAUCCGCGUUGUGGAGACGCUCGGGCGACGACGCGGACGGGACGCUGACCGAGAUCCUGACGCGCCACAGACCGGGCAGGCUCCAGCGCCUGGUCCUCUGCCCGCCCGCGCGCCGAAUCGACGACGCCGGCGCGGGCUUCGUCGCGUGCUCGCUCUCUCCCGCGACGGUGCAAUUCGCGGCGCGCGCCCAGCUCCGCCUGCGAUGCCUCUGGACGGAGCCGGGGUCCAUGCGACCGGAUCCGAGCGGGAGGCUCCCCGCGAACCGCGGCGUCGUGAGCGUCACCCUCGAUCGCGAGGACUGCGCGGCGAUCGUGACCAGGGGUCAGUGUACCGGCAUACCGAGGGCGGUUCAAAACACCGGCAUCCACGCGCCGGCUUUGACGCGGCUCUCCGUGGGCGCCGCGGCUGAGAUGACCGACGCGGGCAUCCGCACCGUGCUCCGCUCGUGCCGAAAGUUACGUUCGCUCGAGGUGACGGACGGCGGCGGGGAGCUGAUGGGGCUGGACUGGGGCGGCGUGGGUCGCGACGCGGACGUGCCGACACUGCAACACCUUCGACUGGCGCGAUGCGGGCACCUGCGCGCGCUUCGAUUGACCGCGCCGAUGUUGCGUUCGAUGGCGGCGACGGAUUGCGACGCGCUGCGGGAUCUGGCGUUGGCGCCGUCGACGGUUGUCGGGGACGAAGCCUCCAUCGAUGGGGCCUCCAUCGACGGGGCCUCCAUCGACGGGGCCAUGACGGAGCUUCGGGAGUUGACGCUCGGCGGGUUCGGUGGGUACCGCGCGGGAGGUGGGUGCAACGUGCCGGGGAACGCGCUCGCGGACAUCGUGGCGAGAUGCGCGAAUCUAUCGUUCCUGUCGGUACCCGCGAGCUGCGGCGCGGGGUUGAGCGACGAGGAAAUCGCGGAGAUUUGGUCCGCCGCGUUGGCCGGAUGCGCGUCAUCGCUCGAAACCCUCUGCUUCCAGGUGCCCGUCACGACCACCGCGCUGUUACUGAUCGUGUCGGGCCGCGCCGGCGAGUUUCCCGGGCUGGAAACGCUGAGCGUGGCGAUGAGGGUGGCAGCCGGCGGGGACGGGGAGCCGCCGAUUGACGCCGGGAACGUCGCCGACGAUCUGGUCGCGGCGGUGUCGCCGUGCCCCGCGAUUCGCACGCUGACCCUCGUGGAUCCGCCUCCGGAGCUCCCGACGAGCGUCGAGGAGGCCGCGGUGACGCACGCGAAGAUGCUGGCGAGCGUGGAGUUGGCCAGGGGCGCGCUCGCGGCGCGGUGCAGGCUCGCCGAGGAGGAGUCGGAUUCGGCGCUCGGGAGGGAACUCGUAGUGACGGUGGCGGAUGAUUUCCGCGGCGUGGCGGGUCGGGCGCGAACGGCGGACGCGCCGACGCCGGGUGGGAUGGAGGCUGUUCUGAGAGAAUGCGACGAGUGCGCGCCGCUGGAGUGGUCGCUCGAUGACGCUUAA